CUGGCCGACGUGGCCAUAGACAGCCUGUGCCGCGGGGUGUUUGCUGGGGACUGCCGGGCGCUGAGCCUGCGCUCCUGCUUCCCGGCGCUGUUCGAGGCUGAGCAGAGGCACCGCUCCGUCCUCCUGGGCAUGGCCUUGGGGGCAGGGAAGGGCCCAGCCCUGGAUUCAGCUUUGAUCCGCAGGGCCCGCGCCGAGCGCUGGAGCCAGUGGUCGCUGCGCAGCGGCAUGGAGACGCUGCCUGAGGCCCUGUUGGACUUCACGCACAGCCAUGGCGUGGAGCUGCACUGCCACGCGGCCCCAAAGCGCCUGCAGCGGACGGCCGACCAGCGCUGGCAGAUCAUCCUGGAGGACGGCAGCAUCAUGGCAGACCACGUGAUCAGUGCCAUCCCGGCUGGAGCUCUGGCCGACCUGCUCCCAGAUGAGGCCAGGCCGCUGGCUCAGGCGCUGCGCGGCAUCCAGGCGGUGUCGGUGGGGGUGGUGAACCUGCAGUACGAUGAUGCCACGCUGCCCGUCACGGGGUUCGGGCACCUGGUGCCCUCCUUUGAGAACAGCUCCCUGCUGGGCAUUGUCUAUGACUCGGUGGCCUUUCCAGAGCAGAACGGUGCCAAAGGCAAUUCCAUCCGGCUCACGGUGAUGCUGGGAGGCGCGUGGUUCACCCAGAGCUUCGGGGACCCAGAGACCGUGCUGCCAGCCACGCUGCUGCACCAAGCCCAAGAGGCAGUAAGGACGCAGCUGGGGGUGUUGGCUACGCCUUCCCACUCCAUCGUCAUGGUGCACAAGGCCUGCCUCCCCCAGUACACACUUGGCCACUGCCAGAGGAUAGAAACCAUCACCCGGUACCUACAGCAGGAGGGGUUGCCGCUGAGCCUGGUCGGGGCCUCCUAUGAGGGUGUCUCCGUGAUCGACUGCCUCUACAGUGCCAAGAUGGCUGUGGCCAGGCUCCUAGGCCAGGCCUGCUGAUUGGCGUGUGCUGCCUCAGGCCCUGGAGGCAGGCUCCUGCAUGCCAUGGUGGACAGUCUCUGCAGGGGGUGGGGCACACAAGCACACACCCAUGUUGGGCUGACAGUCUGUGAGGGAUUUGUGGCUCUGCUGCCUCAGGGCUGGUAGCAGCAGCACCUAGGCUCAGAGGAGCAGAGGGCAGGUCCAGGCAGCCCUGCAAGCAGUGAGGGCAGAGUGCCAGGAGCACAAAGGCCUACAGCCCCUUCUCCUUCCCCACUGUACUGGAAGUGAGCAGGCCCCAGAGCCUUGGCUCUCCCCCUCCCAGGACAAACAGCCCCUCAUUGCUGUUGCAGCAAACUCAGUUUGGGGCUGUCGCACCACUCCUGGGCCUCCCUGCUGCCUAAGUCCUGUGCUGGUUUGAGCCUGGUUCCUGCUGCUCAAGUAACUGAACCAGCCACAGACUGCUGCCACAUAGUGAGCAACUGCCCCUGCCAAGGGAGCACAGGGCCAGGCCGCGAGCAGCUGAGGCUCCAGGUCUGCACCUCGCUCCUGCAACACGAGCCCCCAUUCCCUGGGGUGAACAGCCCACUGCCCCUUCCCCUCCAUGGUGAGCCAUUGGUUGUGCCCCUCCCUAAAAGUGGCCCAGGGUUGCAGAGUGGGGGCAGGCUACUGCAAGACAAAGUUUUUAUUGAAAAACCCUAACAAACCCCCAGUGCUGCUGCAGCCGAUUGUUCAUAAAUAGAAUAAAUAGUCGCACGCGGG